CGCUUAUCCAACAUUUUGCCAGCCCACUUAUGUUGGAUAAGUAAGACUUUACUGUACUGUAUUUACAAAUUUACCAGUAAAAUAUCACAAUGAAUUUAAAACACUGACUACAAAAACAUUGAUUAUGAAAAGGCAGACUGCGUUGGAUAAUCCAGAACAUUGUAUAAGCGAAUGUUGGAUAAGUGAGAUUCUACUUUGAUAUGAAAUAAUUUCUAGGAUAGAAUAAUGCAGAACAAUAUAAUCUCUAAAACCAGGACAGUAAUAAAGAAAUAAAGAAAGUAAAUAAAGCAAGAAAAUUGGAAAUUCCACAAAGGAAACAAUCAGGGCCAGCUAACACCUCCCAAGAAAGGAUUCUUCCAGAAAGGAAGCUGAGAAGGCAGUGAAGCACUAUGUAUUACCAAAGUCAUUAUUAUUACUAUCAUUACUAUCAUUACUAUUAUUAUUAUUAUUAUUAUUAUUAUUAUUAUUAUUAUUGUGUUGCGGUCAACCGUGAAAAUGAAUACAAUCUGGCUCCAAGUAUUCAAAAACACUAAAAUCAGAAUAUAUAAAAAUUUAUGUGGUAUAAUAAAUCAGAACAAUACAAUCUCUAAAAUCAGAACACUAAAUAAAGAACAACACUCUGAAAACGGGAAUUCCACACAGGAAACAAUCAGGGCCAGCUAACACCUCCCAACAAAGUAUUCUCAUCAUCAAAGUCUGGCCAAUCCUCUGUUUUCUCAGGGCCACAGACAGUAGAAGCACAUAAAAUAUUGCAAACAACACCACUCUGAAAACAAGGCAAUUCCAGACAGGAAAGAAUCAGGGCCAGCUAACACCUCCCAACAAAAAAAUCACUCAGGGAGGAAACAGCUAGGCUUUAAAUCUGCAAGGCCAUUACAUCCUAAUCAUUUUUCCUAAUUGCAGCAUUCAUACUUGCCUCCAACAGACAAAAAAACAAAAACAAAAAAAAACAAUCAAAAAUAUUGUAUAUUCACAACCUUUAGGAAAUAAUAUCCCCUGAUGGCACAGCAUGUUAAAGCGCUGAGCUGCUGAACUUCUGGACCGAAAGGCCGCAGGUUUGAAUUGGGGGAGCGGAGAGAGCCCCCACUGUUAGCCCCAGCUUCUGCCAACCCAGAAGUUCGAAAACAUGCAAAUGUGAGUGCAUCAAUAGGUACUGCUCUGGCGGGAAGGUAACGCCGCUCCAUGCAGUCAUCCCACAUGACCUUGGAGGAGUCUACGGACAACGCCGGCUCUUUGGCUUAGAAAUGGAGAUGAGCACCAACCCCCAGAAUCAGACAUGACUGGACUUAACGUCAGGGGAAAACCUUUACCCUUUACCAUAACUACCACCAAUUCCUCAAUACUUUAUUUCCCAUACCACCAUACUUCGCCACAGCAACGCGUGGCCGGGCACAGCUAGUUUAUAUAUAAAAAAAUGUAAUGUGGCACUUUAUUAUGGAGUAAACAGUAAAACCACUGAACCCAAUCACACCAAAUUUGGCCACAAAAGACAUAGUCAUCCAAGGUAUGUCUUUCAAUCAAAAAACCCUCUAAAAUAGACCAAAUUACAGAGGAUGAGGAAGAGCCUUUCUCCCCCUAACUGCCAGUUAGAAAGGUAGGCUCCGCUGCCUUUACCGCCCCCGCCCCCCCGCCUUUAGGCCCUGCCCCCUUCGUAUCCUAGCAACUCCCUCAGCCAAAACGGCGCCCAGAGCAGAGGCAGAGUGCACUUAGGCCUCAUCCAAACUGCCUAUAAAUACAGAUUAUCAGAUUUGAACUGGAUUCUAUGGCAGUGUAGACUCAAGGCCCUUCCACACUCCUAUAUAACCCAGAAUGCCAAGGCAGAUAAUCCACAGUAUCUGCUUUCAACUAGAUUAUCUUAAGUCCACACUGCCAUAUAAUCCAGUUCAGUGUGGAUUUUAUAAAGCUGUGUAGAAUGGGCCUCAUAUAAUCCAGUUCUAAGCAGAUAAUAUAAGAUUAUAAAUAUAAUAUGUAAUAAUUACUGUGGUAUAAUAAUACAGAACAAUAUAAUCUCUAAAACAAGGAUAGUAAAUAAAGAGCAACACUCCAGAAAGGAAACAAUCAGGGCCAGUUAACACCUCCCAACAAAGGAUUCCCCCAGGCAGGAAGCAGUCAGGCUUUGAAGCUGCAAGGCCAUUAAAUGCUAAUCAAGGAGGCUAAUUGCAGCAUUCAUACCUGCCACACAGAGACUAUUACAGUAAUUGCUAUUCAAACUGGCCAACCAAGGAUUCUGCAAGGCAGAAAGCGGCCAGGCUUGCAACCCGCAAGGCUGUUCAGUGCUAUUCAACCUGGCCAACCAAGAUUUCCCCUAGGUGAAAAACCCCCAGGCUUUGAAGCCACGAGGAUACUCCGUCCCAUUCAACCUGGCCUGGCAAGGAUGCCCAAUGUAGAAAGCAGCCAGGCUUUUAAGCUGCAAGACUAUUCAGUGCCAUUCCAGCUGUCCAAACAAUGAUUCCCAUACAAAGGAAGUAGCCAGGCUUCAAAGCGGCUCUUUGAUUGAGGGUGCUACUCCAGCUACUCCAGAAAACGGCCAGGCUUUGAGGCUGCAAGGCUAUUCACUGUUAUUCCACUUGGCCAACAAAUGAUUCCCAUAAGCCAUAGCAACGCGUAGCCAGGCACAGCUAGUUAUUAUUAUAUUAUUAUACUUCUUAAUUUGAAGAUAGACAAUAUCUAGAAUUGGCAAAUAGUCAUUAAUUUACUUACCUGCCCAGGACAAACUCUGCAGUUAGACAAAAUGAGACAACUGCCUUAAGCAGCACAUUUAGAGUGUCAUGAAAAGGGAUGAAAAUGUUCACGAUUUAUUUUUUUAUCUUUUAUCAGGGAUGGGAAGAUACACUGUAGGAUCAUCCAAGAUUCUCUCUAGCUUCUGCCUGCCCUUGUUUUCUCCUGCAGACCAAUGUCCUGCAGAGGGGCUGAAAUGGGGAAGCAGUGUAUUUGUUUAAAUUCAAAAAUUAUCAACUACAACAUAGCCUUGAAUGACUUAUCAGAAUGAUUUUGUGGUUGGCAGUUAUCACCUUUUUAGAGAACGUACUGUUUUCUAUAGAAUCGACAUGGCAUCACACUUUGGAAAGAGGGGAAACACAGUACUUCCCCCAUGCAAUGCAAACCUUCUAUUUUCCAGUCAUGUAAGGUCAUAUAUACGUUGUGCAGGUGGUACAGGGUGGAGUGAAGCACUCACAAUUUUUUCAGAUAAUAAAACAGAUAAUUGAAGAUAGCUGCAGCUUCUCAGAUCAACCAAAAGAUUACCAUUGGGACUCUAUCCUUUUUCUCAAUAAGAAUAUUUCAAAUUUUACUCCACCCCUACAUUUGUGCAUGGACUGAACAAUAUAAAAAGCACAAGAAACUGGAGAAAACAGAUACAAUAUUUUCUCUGACUUAUAGCAGGUGAGAUGAAUAAUACUAUAGCCUUCCCUUGUUAGGAUGGAGUAAAGCAAAAUGCAUGAAAGCUGGAUGCUUAAUUUUUGAGAUGGAAGACAGAGGUUUUAGUAAUCUCUGCUUAUCCAUUUGAAUUCUUAGAGACAGGUGAGCUGAUAAUGAGAAGUAUAACAUCUUCUAGGGCACAUUAGUAUAUUCUACUUGACAAAAAUUAAAUUUAUUCUGAAGGGUCUCUGCCUCUAUACAUCAAACCUUUUUGUCUGGUGAGGGUUGGCAAAUGUUGGAUAGCAAAAGGGAAAGAGCGGAUGCAGUGGAUGAAUGCUCCUAACCAUGCUGUAUUCUGUCCCAGGAUGUUUAGUUCCAAUAGACCAUUGGGAGAUGGAGACAUGCGGAAAUUACUGAAGCUUUAUCGCACAGAGAUUUCAAUGGCUGUGGAUGAUGUCUUUCCAUUACUUCAUGGACUUGCAGACUAUGAUGUUGUCACUGAAGAGAAGUUUCAGGAGACACUCCAUCUAAAGGAAAAGGAAGGCUGCCACAAAGCUUUUCAUGCCAUGUUAACAUGGUUGCUGAACCAAGAUUCAGCUUCUAUCCAGGACUUCUGGAGGGUUGUCUUCAAGGAUUACAACAUGGAGAGAUACUCCAAGCUCCAGAACAUUCAAAACAGCUUUUCUAAAGGUACAGAUCUUAGCAGGCAUCGCAAAGCAAGGAAACUCCCAACCAGUCCCAGGGCACUGACUCAGCAGCAUAAGCCUCCUCAUGGAAAGAGGAAGGCAGUGGAAGAAAAGGACUCUCUAUACCGCUCUCAGUCUCCAGCAAAAGGCGAUCCACACCUUGGUUCCCUUCCAAGGACAAAAGCAGUGAAGAAAUCAGAGAAUGUUGAGAUUCAACAUUAUCCACUUCUCACUGGUGAUACAAAGAAAUGUAUCAAAGCUGGUAGUGAAUUUUAUGCAUCAAGCAAAUUGGAAGACCCUGGCGAGAGGAAUAAAGUUUGUGAAAUGAAGCUGAGUGUGAAAGCCAAAGAAUCCCAGACCCCUGACUAUAAUGGACACCAAAAAACAAACCUGCCAGAUGGGAGCCAUACUCUAACUUUCCCGGCUGGAGAUUCAGCAACUCAACAGAAGAACGAUGAUGAAUGUGCUGUCUGCAGAGAUGGUGGGGAGCUGAUCUGCUGCGAUGGAUGUCCCAAGGCUUUCCAUCUUGCCUGCCUUGUACCACCACUGACAGAGAUUCCCAGUGGGACAUGGAGGUGUGAUUUAUGCUCACCUGGGAAGAUGAAGCAAGAUGGACGUAAGGAAGAAGAAAGCAACAGAAAACCACUUUCUGAAACUCAGGGUCCUGUAUAUGUGCAGAGGACAACAGAUGAUGGGCGGAGAGUCCUUAUCAAAGAACCUGUGCCCACCUCUUUGAGACUGCCUCUUCCUUCUGCAUCCCCAAUGUCUGAGACUGCACUGCCAGCCGUAUGUGUAGGAAGCGAGAAACAGCUGAAACUGACCGUUGGUGACAAGUGUGGUGUAUGCAGAAAAGAAGGCGACAUGACUUACUGCAAUAAAUGUUUCAGGGCUUUCCACUGGCCCUGCCACUUUCCUUCCCAUACAGAUCAAAUCAGUGGAAUCUUGGUCUGCAAAUCCUGCUCUGGCAACUCUGCAACCAACAACUUGGAAGGAGCUACAAACUCAAUUACUCCAGCACUUUUAUCUGUGAAGGUGUUGGAAGAAUCCAUUGGGACUGAACCUGUCCUGAACAAAGAUGAGCUGGAUUCUCUCUUAGGGGAGGUAAUAACAACAUUCUUGAGAUUUUAUGACAUAAAACACAGAAACACACCUUUAAUUAUACCUUUUGUUCUCAUAAAUCGCCUUUUUCUGCUUAUGAACAAGUAGAAAAGUAGAAAUGCCUUUAUGUUGUCAAAGGCCAUACACCCCGGAAAACUCACAACCCAGAAAUUCCUUUCUUUUUCUCUGUCAUCUUCCAGAAUACCUUUGAUGGAAUCUUGCACUGGGCCUUCCACAACAUGUCACGUCCAAUCUCUGACAACCAAGGAUUCUCAUAGGACU